AGAUCCUAUCUACCUCGAGUACUGCUCGCUUAAAUCAAGACAUUCAAACUUUUAAGUCAUUAACCUUAUCUGAUUUUUAAAAAUGUCUUCAAAAUUAUGCAAAAGGAAGAUGAAAAAUAAAAUUACGGCUCGAUAAAGAAUCGAAUUUUGUACGGAUCCAAUUUGUUGACAGUUAUUAAAACAAUAGCGGAGAGGAAYUUAAUCGGAGUGACUGCCUUUGAGGAAGGGUACUGCCACAAGGCAUCAUUUAAUUUGGGAGAAAUACAGCAAACACCGCGAAGGCCGCGAGAUCUCCAGAAKGUUGUUGGGCAGUCUGUCUUGUGGAAGGAGUGCAGAAAAUUAUUGCUAAAAAAGAAGCUGAAGAAAGACUGAAAGACUGGAAAGAGAAGUGCUGUCAGAUUGGUGACUGAAUAUCAUAUUCACUUGACGACGAUGGCUGGAGCGUCUUCUUUAUCAAUCGCUUCGCCAGGACCUCAAAACAAGAAGCUUUUCCCAGAAAAUAUUGAGUUAAAUGUUGGAGGAAAGUACUAUUCCACAUCUGUUUUCACUCUUACAAGAGUGAAGGGCUCGCUUUUGGGACGAAUUUUCGGGGGAAAGCAACACACUCUCGAUAAGGAUGCAAAUGGGAAAUAUUUUGUAGACCGCGAUGGGGAUUUGUUUCGAUACAUUUUGGAUUAUCUACGAAGUCUGAARCUUCAUAUUCCAGAGGGUUUUAACGAAGUAGAAAGGCUUAAAAUCGAAGCAGAAUACUUUGAACUGAACGAUAUGAGAAGACAGCUCGAGAUAUACACAAAUGGAAAUAGCAAUUCUGUUUUAKAUGAAAAAUAUGGCUAUAUAUCUGUUCACGUGCGAAAGACCUAUGCCUUUGGUCGUUCGGGACAAGCUGACAUCAAAUUUCGAAAGUUACGAAGGAUUCUUGUUUGUGGGCGAGUUUCUUUAUGCCGAGAGGUUUUUGGAACUUUUCUGAAUCAAACUCGAGAUCCAAAUCCUCACCACUUACGAUAUACGAAUAGAUUUUUCCUCAAAUAUAACCAACUGGAAAGAGCUUUUACACAACUUACGGAUGCUGGGUUUCGCUUGGUGACGUCCGAGGGAGGUAAAAUUGGAGGCUAUGAAGGGAACGACAAAACAGAAGAGGAAAAAUGGAAUCAUUUUACGAGCUACACUUUCUUAAGAGAAAAGCCAAACAUUACUAAUUGAAUUCCCUACUUCUUUGCUAAGUACCGGUCAAUAUUUUUCCCACAUUUAAAAAGAAAUAGGACGAAAAUUAUUUUUGGACAUGAAAUGGCAUUAGAGCAACAGAAUAUUUAGGACUUUAAGAAUAGAAUUACGAGGUAAGCCUAUAAUUUUCUUAAAAGAUUCCCUAAAAUUCCGUAUACGUUUAUAAGCUGUCAUUAAAAGAUAAAGUACAAUUAUUCUGAUUUAUCUUCAAUUUGCAGCUAAAAAUUAUUUCCUUCGGGGCGAAAAUAAAGGUGUUAGAAAAACAGCGUAAACGAUGACUUUUUUGGUCUCAAAGAAUAACAYGUCCUAACACGAAAUGGUGAUUCAUAAUUUAUUUUAAGACCUCUUUUUCCCAAAACCCUUAACAACCAGUCUUCCACAAUAUACAGUACACAAACUGAGUAAAUAUUAAAGGAGACAAGUCGCUUUGCUUGGAGCAAAUUAAAUUUUUACUGAAAGGAAUACAUUAGCUUAUUGUUGUGAAUUACAAGCGCAAGUUAUUAAAAUGUAAACUUGAAAAAAAAAAUCUUACUUCUUUUCGGAUUACUAAUCAGAAAAAUGUGUUAAUUUUUGAAAAUAUUUUUGUUGGACUAAAACUGUGUAGUUUACUAACAAGCUAUAAGUACGGCUUAAAAGAUAAAAUAAAAAUAUAAAGUGAAUAAAAUAAGAUUAUUAUGAACAA